CUUCCACCACCGCCACCCCCAUCCACCACCUACACCCACUACUUACACAAACCUUCCUACUUGUCACCAUCUCCUCCUUCCUCCUCUGAACCUACUAGAAUCCCUUCUUCACUUUACACUCCCUAUAUAUACCCACCCUCACCUUCAUCAUCUUCACUCACCAUCUGCAUUUCAUCAUUUACGAACGCUCAAAGCUUUCACUUCAAAACACAAACUAUAUAUACCCAUCUUCCCGUUUUUGAGACCUAGCUCGAAAAUGGCCGUGAUCAAUUCAAGGGUCAUAGGAGCUGCAUUCCUUGUUUUGCUCCUCGUGGAUUUCUCCCUUGCCGCGAGGGCUCCAUGGCUUUUUGGUAGAGGAGGAGGUGGUGGUAGUGGAGGAGGUGGUGGUGGGGGUAGUGGUGGCGGCGGUGGUCUUGGGUCUGGUUCCGGUUAUGGUUCUGGAUAUGGCUCUGGGGGCGGGUCAGGGUAUGGUAAUGGCUUGGGAGAAGGAAGAGGUGGUGGCGGCGGCGGAGGUGGAGGAGAAGGAGGCGGGGGAGGGGGCGGGUCUGGAUUAGGUAGUGGGUAUGGUUCGGGUUAUGGGUCGGGCAGUGGCUCUGGGUAUGGGUCUGGUGUUGGGUUAGGAAGGGGUGGAGGUGGUGGGGGCGGCAGAGGAGGCGGUGGAGGUGGAGGAUCAGGAGGUGGAAACGGGUCAGGUUAUGGAUCCGGGUAUGGAAGUGGAGGUGGGUCUGGAUACGGAGGUGGUUUGGGCGGCGGGAGAGGAGGAGGUGGUGGUGGAGGAAGCGGUGGUGGCGGUGGAGGAGGUAGCGGCAUGGGUAACGGGUCUGGAUAUGGUAGUGGGUCGGGUUACGGAGAAGGUUAUGGAUCCGGGUCCGGGUAUGGAGGAGGAGAUUAUGGAUUGCCAUGAACGUGGAAACUGGUUCGAGCAAUAAUAAUAUUAAGAAGGAAAGCUGCAGUAAACAUUUUGUAAUAUUAGUGGGAAUAAAAAUUGCAUGUCUUUCAAUAAAUUAUAUUAAUUACAAAUAAAAUUACAAAAUGCCUGUUUUUUUUUUGCUUGAAAUUUCUAAAAAUCUAUUAUCUCAUGUUUGGAUGAAGAGAAAAUUGAAGGGAAAGUAGAAAGAAAAUAAUUUUCUUUUGGUACCCAAUUAAUUUCUUGAAAUGCCAAAUUCAUGUAAUCUCUUUAGCCAUUGAAAUAAGAACCAUAUGUUGGAAUUGGAAUAUAAUAAAUUCAUGCUACCAAAAUUAAUAAAAAAAGAAAUACACUAUUUU